AUGUUAGUAGCAGUUCAUCAAGAUGAUGCAGAUAUUUUGUUGAAACAGAAAAACAUACUAGAUGAUGGAGUUAUAGAAAAAUAUAGAGUAGCAGGUCAAAUAUCUCAAACAGGAUUACAAUAUAUAAUUUCAUUAAUUAAUAAUUCAUAUCACUUAAAAACUACAGAUAAAUUAUCGAUACAACAAUUAUGUUUAUUAUCAGAUUCAUUUUUAACAGAUUUAUUAUCAAAACGAUAUGUGAAUAAAGUAAAUGAAAAAGGAAUUGCUGCACCAACUACAAUAAAUGUAAAUGAAUUAUUGAAUGGAUUCGCACCAGAAAUAGAUGACGAGAGAGAAUUAUAUUUAAGUGAAGGAGAUGUUGCUACAAUCAGUUUAGGAGUUCAAAUAGAUGGUUAUACAUCACAAUUAAGUCAUACGAUUGUAAUAUAUCCAACAGAAAAUGCUAAACCUAAUGGUCCCUUAUUAGGAAAUAAUGCAGAUGCAUUAUGUGCAACUCAUAUAGCAACGGAGGCAGUUUCAGCAUUGAUUGGAUGUUCUUUAUCUCCUGAAAAAUUACCACAACAAUUAAAAAACACGAGUAACACAAUUAAUGGUAGUCAGAUACGUCAAUUAGUUGAUGCAAUUGCUGAUUCUUUCAAUUGUAUAGUUGUACCAGGUUCCAAAGUUAGACGAAUCAGAAGAUUUUUAGCAGGACAAGCGGAAGGGAUAGUUGCAGAGCGUGAUUUCAAAGGAGUUGUUUGGGAUGAAUCACAUCAAGAAGCUAGAUUUUUGAAACAGGGAUCAAUGGAAUUAAGUACAGAUGUUAAAAAACCAAGAGCAACAAAUAGUUCAUCAGCUAUACCAUCAGAUGAUUUUAUAAUUGUUCCAGGAGAAGUAUAUCAAAUUGAAAUAAGUAUGAGUGGUGUUCAAAAUGAAUUAGGUAUUGUUACAACACAAGAAAUUGAUAAUUUUUCUGGAAAAAAUUAUAAACAAGAUUUUAACUCAAAACCAUCAAUUUUCGUUCGUGAUUUUGCAAUAGUUCAUCAAUUAAAAUUAAAAACAGCAAGAAAAUUAUUAGGACAAAUUGACAAAUCAUUUUCAGUUUAUCCUUUUAAAUUAGAUUUUGCAAGUAGUUCUUUUCCCAUAGUAGUCACAGAAUCUGAAGAACAAAUUAAAAAUCAAAUUGAAUCAGUUAAACACGAAUUAAAAUCAUUUAGAUUAGGAUCAGCAGAAUUAAUAAAUCGUCAUUUAAUACAACAAAAACCAAUACAAAUUACAAAAUUCAUUCCAUUAGAGGAAAUAUUAUUAACAUCAAAUCCAACUGGUAAACAUGGAAUUGAUGCUUCAAAACCAGUAUUACCAGGUAUGGAAAUACCGUUACCACAAUUAGGUAUAUCUUCAAUAAAAUUAAAAUCAUUAUUAAAAUUAGGUACAAAUAUUUCAAAUGUAAAAGAAUCAACAACUAUUUUAAUUAAUGAUCAAUCACAAGAAGUUAUAAGAUUAAAUGGUGGUGAUGAAAAUUUUAAAUGUAAUUGGGUUCAUUCAAAUUAUAAAUUAUCAAAUGAAUUAAAUGAUAUUAUAAAUCAUUUAAUACAAUUAACUAAAGAUAAAAGAUUUGGUAUAAAAGUUAAAGAAAUUAAUCCUUAUAAAUUGAAACAGCAUAAUUUAGCAGUUGAAUCAAUGCAAAUAGAUUAA